CUAAAGCAGCCAAUCAAAAGCCAAUGCCUAGGCGACAACCACAAUUUUGAGAAAUGGCUGACGAUAAAGAAGUUGAGAAAACUAUUGCUGAAGACUUGGUUGUUACCAAGUAUAAACUAGCUGGACAAAUUGUUAAUCGUGUCCUGGAACAGGUCAUUGCGAAAUGUGUGCCUGAUGCAUCCGCCAGAGAAAUUUGUGAAUUUGGCGACAAGCUAAUUCUAGACGAGACUUCUAAGGUUUUCAAAAAAGAGAAGGAUUCUAAGAAGGGAAUAGCGUUCUCAACAUGCGUGUCGGUGAACAAUUGUAUAUGUCACUUCUCGCCGAUACCUAGCGAAAACGAUUACAUACUCAAAGAGGGCGAUCUGGCAAAGAUAGACCUAGGUGCACACAUUGAUGGGUUCAUUGCAGUGGUUGCUCACACUGUAAUUGUUGGUGGUGUAGAAGUAUCAGGAAGAGCAGCAGAUGUUGUUCUUGCUGCCCAUUAUGCUAGCGAAGCCGCCUUGAGGUUGUUGCGGCCUGAUAAUGAGAACUACGUAAUAACAGAUGCCGUGCAGAAGAUAACUGCAGAGUAUGGCUGCAAACCUGUAGAAGGCAUGCUUUCACACCAGCUGAAGCAGUUCCGUAUUGAUGGGGAGAAGAGCAUCAUUCAGAACCCUUCUGAAGCACAGCGCAAAGAACAUGAGAAGGCAACUUUGGAAACUUAUGAAGUUUAUGCAAUGGAUGUUUUAGUGUCUACUGGUGAAGGCAUUGGCCGAGAGAUGGAUACAAGGUGUACAAUAUACAAGAAAACUGAUGAGGUGUAUCAAUUGAAACUGAAAGCUUCAAGAAUGUUCUAUAGUGAGGUCCGCAAUAAACAUGGCUCAAUGCCAUUCAACCUCCGAAGCUUUGACAAAGAGACCAGUGCGAGAUUAGGUGUUGUUGAAUGUGUUAACCACAAACUUAUUGAGCCUUUCCAGGUUCUGUACGAACGCCCUGGUGAGCUUGUGGCGCAGUUUAAGUUUACGGCUCUGUUGCUACCGAGUGGUACACAUCGUAUAACUGGCUUGCCAUUCGAUAAAAGUACAUGCAAGAGUGAACGCAGUAUCAAGGACCCUGAACUCAAUGCGCUCCUCAACUCAUCCGCAAAAUCCAACAAGAAGAAGAAAAAGAAAACUGGCGCUGAAGAGCCCAUGGAAGUUGAAACUGUUGCCUAGCAACGGGACAACUUGCCGAGGAUAUUAACGAAAUGAAAUCUACAGCUUCCUCCAACAUACCCUUUUAAGGAUACCUUUAUUACAAGCUGAUACAAAACAAAUAGAUAUUGAAUUUUACAUUUUAAAUCUGAUACAUUUUGGCUUGUUUACAAAAUCGAAAAUUACAGUAGUCCACAUUUUUAUCUUUAAAACUGGGUAUAAGCUACCUGGUAUAUGUGGGAAUUCUGCAAUAGUAUGUAAUUCUAAAUAAAACACAAGUGUGCUAUUGUACUUUAAUAUGAAUGACUAACAUAAUGUUUUGCUUUUAAUCCUUAAUUCCUCAUUGAAUCCUACUUAUUUGAAAUAAUACUUGUACAUAAAAUGACUUCACACUCUUAUGAAGUGUAAUUUGAACAGAAAGUAAUAUAUCAAGACCAUUCCUUUAAAUGUUUGUUUUAGUCCUUGUAAAGUGCACAAAAUUUCUUUAUAAAAUUUGAUAUUACAUUGACUUCGUAUUGAUUUGUGUGUAGAAUUGGCGCAACUGUUUCAUAAUAUUGUUAAAGGUUUUCAUAACAUUUUAAUGAAAUUAUAGUGUUACAAACUAUUUCUCCAACUCAAAUUUUACAUAGUAAUUCUUUAAAUUCAUAUGUAUACAACAGAUACCAUUAAUAAGUGUUAACACCAAGCUUUCUUCCGUUUUAAAUAGUCUUGUAUAAAUUUAAAUAGAUAAUUAGUGAAAUGAUGGUUUUAUAUUAAAUUUGAGAUGGACAUUCAUGUUUUGUGAGGUCUGUGUUGUGUCAACUGCAAUAUUUGUUGAAGCUUGGAAAUGUUUACAAUGUUUAUGGAGCAGAUCCUAUUAUUAGGUAAAGUUGUAAAGUAUGUGACACUGCAAGAAAGGAAUAAAUCAAACUGUGCCACAGUUGUGGGCUGUUUUUGUAAA